AUGAUUUAUCCAUUACAUUACCCAAAUGUAUCAUUCUGUAUCUUUCAGGCUGAAAUAGCAAUUAACGUCCAUUUAGAUACACUUAAGCGGGUUGAGAUUUUUCAAAAUACCGAAGCUGGUUUCCUCUGCGAGUUGGUGUUGCGCCUGAGGCCAGUGCUCUUCUCGCCCGGCGACUACAUCUGCAGAAAGGGCGAGGUGGGCAAGGAGAUGUACAUUGUGAAUCGUGGACGAUUGCAGGUUGUGGCCGACAAUGGAAAGACGGUGAUGGCGUCACUGAAGGCUGGUUCCUAUUUUGGCGAGAUUAGUAUACUCAAUAUGGGCACAGCAGGCAACAGACGCACAGCCAGCGUUCGUUCCGUGGGUUACAGCGACCUGUUCGUGCUGAGCAAGAUGGACAUGUGGGACGUGCUGAAGGAGUAUCCGGCGGCGCGUGUACGUCUGGAGUCGAUAGCCGUCAAGCGCUUAGAGAAAUACAAGAAGGCGCCACUAGAAAAAGACAAAUACUUUAAUAUAGUUGCCAUGGGCCGGUGCCAGUCGACGCCGGGUUUGGUCGAGAGCUGUGGCCGCACCUCGCUCGAGGACAUGUGGCUGCCCCCAGCGCCAACUCCACCAGCCCCACUGGUGCAUCAUCCCCUGACACACCAGCAACAUCAUCAGCAGCACCAACCGCUACAUCAGCACCAGCAGCAGGCGACGCAGCAGUCCUCACAACAGCACGGGUACAGUCCGCGAAGCUAUGCGGACCGUCUGGGUCGGGCCACAGACUCGCCCAGAUCGGUCAGCCCCAGUGCCCAUGGCUCCGAGGAGCGUCCCCGCAGUCGGGCCGCCUCACAUAACUCGAUUCGACCCCAAUCGCAGCCCAGCCACACAGGUCACAUCUGCGACUCCAGCUCGCAACUAGAGUGUUAUGGAGCGGGCGUGGGUGCGGUUGGGGGAGGCACAACCCUACUGGGCUCCCACGAGGCACUCGAGGACGAGAUCAAGCGGUUGAGAGAACGCCUGCAUACGGUGGAGUCGGAGAACCAGGCUCUAAACACGAAACUCACGCAACAGCAGUGGGACCUCGAGAAUCGCCUGGCCGAGAUCGAGAUGCAGAUCUGUGGAGUGUCGUCCACAUCCAGCGUGGAUCCGGAGAACGAGACGGAGGAGCUGGAACGGAAUCGAGAGAGUAUCAUAUAACACGGAAGCGUGCUGCCCCAUCAGCCGAUCGGUAUGGUGUACAUAUCAUGUUCCUCAUGACUCCAUGAUCAAACAGCAAUCUGGCGAAGAGCGAGCGGAGAAGAACGGCUGGACAAAAACAAAAAAAGACUGAGAUCGCCAUCACCUUCAUAAAGCAUCUCUCUCUCUCUUUCGUUCCCUCUCUAUCUAUCUGUUGCUUGUGUUUCCCCAUCACUCUCUGUGUUUUUAUACCCGA